AUGUUGUUCUUGUCUGGUGAUUGCCUGUGUCAGGUAACUUUGCCGCAAAGGACGAGCGAUGACUCGAUUUGCGAGUGUCCUUGCCACUUUCCGAGUGCAUAUACUAGCUUACAGCUGAGUGGUGAGCUGAGUAGCUCCAGACUGAAGGCUUUUGUACCAUGGCUUCUUCCACGAGAAGCCUUGGCUUACUUUCCAUCCUACGGCAACACUAGCUGUCUGCUUUGGCAGGGAGAUGGAUGCGAAAACAUUCGAGAAGAGACGCUGUGCGUAAACAGCCGUGACGGCAUGGCCCACGACUUGUUCGGCAACGUCAGAUUAGGCAAGCCCUGUGCUUGGCACACGGCAGGCGUAUGCGCGCGCGUCGAUGAUUGGACUCGCCGGCAAGAAAGUGCAAGUGACUACACGGUGGCCAAAUGCAAGGAGGGAGCAAGCAUUGACGACACGAUUGCUGCGGUGAAGCCUCCUGCGGCUUCCCAGGGCCAAUUCAGUUCGGACACCAGGGCUCUUUGCACCGGUUCCUGCAAAGGGGUCGAGUUUCAAGCGGAAAACAAGUACUGCGAGGUUUGGUACGGAGAUGUUCUCUUCUCGACGGAGAAUCCGGGUUUUGAAUGCUAUGUUCGUAAGGACGAGGCCCGUACUGUCGACAAAGUUACGUACUGGGACAUGACUGGGCUUGGCGUCCAGGACCAAGCCGCCAAGUUGGCGCUGGUCAAGCCAAAGGACCAAAGCUGCCUUCGCGCGGAACCUAAAGGCUGCGCUGCCUUGAAGGAUCGUUUCAGCUGUCUCAGCAGCAAAGAUGGCAGCGGGAAAGAGGACGUCCUUGGUCUGCAGGUGCAAGAUGAGCCAUGUGUCUGGUGUGGCGGCGGGCUGUGCCACACUGGCGGCUUGUCCAUGUGCGAGCCCUUUGACUACUUGCUUCGCGGGGGGGGCAAGGAUCAUGCCUUCGGAAGCUUCACGGCAUCCGGCACCUUCGAAACCCCGUCGUGCGAGGAAGGGCAGGCCUCCGUCUUUGCCCAGAGUGACACCUGGUGGCAGCCAGACCGGCCACUAGAGGCAGAGAUCCAAGAGCUGGUGCCGGUGACGGGAGGCUGUAUGUCUGUCCAGGACAUGGCGACAUGCCUGAGCAGCAAAGAUGGAAGCUCCAAUGCCACUUGGGGAUACACUCCGUACAAGGUGCAAGGCGAAGCCUGCGUGUGGUGCGGUGGAGUGCCCUGUACGGAUGCCAGCUCAUCGCUGUGCAUGCCCUUCGAUCUCGUCAUGAACGGACAGGGCCCUCACCACGACACCUUCUACGCAAAGCACUCGUUUAAGGUGGCUGCGAUCAAGGAGUCUCAGGUUGUUGUGGGUGCCGACGUGGAUGUGCAGUGCCUUUCAUCGGCCAACGAUGGAUGCAAUACGCUUACCGAUGCUUUCAAGUGCCUGGCUAGCGUUGACGGCCGCCCCAACGAGACAAUUUUCGGUCGCAAGGUAAAAGGUCAACCGUGCGUCUGGUGCAACGGCAGGACCUGCAACAGCGAGGGUGGGCUUUGCGAAGCAUAUGAUCUGCAGAUGAACGGUGAGAGCUACGUCUUUGCGACCAGCUACGACAAGAACCCUAUGGUGGCUCAAUGUGAGGGUGGCAUGGUCAAAGCACAUCCUCAUGUGCAUUCGGCUGUUUUGGCACUUCCAGAGCCCAAGAUGGAGGAGUUGGGGUGCCUGAAUGUCGAGCCCGCGGGAUGCAUGUCCAUUACCGACAAGAUUCAUUGCCUUAGCAGUGUCGAUGGCUCUGUUGGUGCCUCCUAUGGUGGCCUUCGCAUCCGCGGGCAGCCGUGCGUGUGGUGCGGUGGCACGUCUUGCACAAACGGUGGAAGCUUCAAGUGUGCUCCAUACGAGUAUCUCGCCAAAGGCGCAACCAAGGUGUUUCCCCAUGUGACCGCAGUAUCUGCAACCGUGGCCCAGUGCCAUGCCACAAGCCGCUCCUUCCCAGAAGAAGAGACUGCCUGCCUCAAGAUUGCGGAGACGGGCUGCAAUGAGAUCCGGGACAUGGCAACCUGCGUGAGCAGCAAAGAAGGCCGCCCGUACGAGUACAUCGCAGGCUUCAAGGUCAAAGGGGAGCCUUGCGUGUGGUGCGGUGGCGGGCAGUGCAACUCCGGAUCGAUCACCUCCUGCGAGCCGUAUGACUGGGCUGUCAACGGGGCAGGCCACGUUUUCGCAACCCAGAUGAGCACCAGCCUGUACUCCAGGGCGGCCUGCGACAAGGACGGCCAGCCGGGUCCGGUGCAGUUGCCGAGCCAGAUGGAGGUGCAUGGCUUCCACCAAUCCGUGCAGUGCGGACAUCCCAACCCAGUCUGGAUGAAAGUGGGCAAGACUUGCGGCUUCUGCAAGGUGUUGGUUCCUUCGAUCAAGGAGCAGUUUGCCACCUGUGCAGACUACUGCGCCUCCCAAGGUGGCUUGCAGUGCAAGUCGGCUGCUUUCGGUUCUCUGGAUAGCUGCGAUGUGAAGCAAGCUGCCACCUGCGGCACGAACUUCGAGGUCUACGGCCACGCCAUCUGCGAGUGCCAGCCACCGGAGAGCCCCUUCAAGGCAGCCAACGCGGCGUUCGCCGGUUCGGUGUCCGCACCGAAGGCUGAUGACAUGAAAUGCCUCAACGCUGUGGACACAGGCUGCGGCUCAAUCAAGGACAAGCUGAUUUGCCUCAGCAGCCUGGACGGAAGCCCAAAUGCAACUUACCGCUCGACGAAGAUUGCCGGGCAGCCGUGUGCCUGGUGUGGUGGAGUGGCCUGCACAUCGCACGAUCCCAGCGUGAUGUGUGUGGCUUUGGACUUCCUUGUCAACGGGCAGGGCCCUGCGUAUGCCACCCGCCACGUCGCUGCACCCUCCGUUGAUGUAGCGGGCUGCGACAAGGCAAAAUCUGUGAGAAACUUCGGCGAUGUCACCUGCCUCAAGCGCGUAUCAGACGGAUGCAACACCCUCAAGGACAGAGACAGUUGCCUGCAAAGCGUCGACGGCCGUCCCUACGCUCAAGUCGCGGGACUCAAGGUGGAGGGCCAGCCGUGUGUGUGGUGCGGUGGAUUGCCUUGCACCUCCAACAACGGAAACCUCUGCGAACCCUACGAGUUUGCGACCCACGGCGAAGGACAUGCCUAUGACUUCAACAAUGAUUACAACUACUACUCCGCGGCUUGCGAGGCUGGAGAGCCUGUUCAGCACACCAUGAGCAGCGCCGUUGCCAUGACCGGAGUCACUGCUGCCGUUUCGACCUCGGUUUGCUCCUUCCUGGAAAAGCGCCGUGGGACCGUCCUGGUAGCCACGGAGGCUCGGCGGGGACACGACCCGACCCGACCGAGUCCGCGUGCUUCCGGUGCUGGUGCGGACCAUGCCCAGGCGGCCAAGUCCUACCUGAACUGCGAGUCCUACUGCCAGGCACAAGGAGAGCCUUCAGAGCUUCGCGAGACUUUUCCCAUGCUGUGUUCUGCGCGAUGCAGGGCGACUCUCCGUGCCAUGCCAGCGAUGAGCUGCACUGCAGAGUUCCCGAAGGACGUCUCCCCGAUCUGCGAAUGCGCUGCGCCCAGCGUCAAGGAGAACGAUGUGAACGGGAGAUUUGCGGAGACUGUUGCACGUCCGGAUGAGGCGUGUCGAGCAGUGCAGCUAGAAGGGAUACGAGAUCGCUUGGCCGUAGGAGACGGGUUGCAGCGCUUUGAAGAGCAGGGUAGCAAGGACGCGAGCGCGGAGAGCUAUCGUGGCUUGAAAAUGGCGGGUGAGCCGUGUGUGUGGCCUUGCACAAGUCACAGCGAAGCAAAGUGUGCCCCUUACGACUUCCUCGCGGGGGGUCAAGGACUGGCCUUCGAGACCCGCCAGGCUGCUUCUGUGAUGGAUGUGGCCCACUGCAAGGAAGCCAGCCGCACCUGGGAAAACGUCGGCUGCCUCGCUCGGGCAACAGAUGGCUGCCACAGUCUCACGGAGAAGGAUGCUUGCUUGUCACACGUUGAUGGCCGCCCUUAUGCGCAGAUCGCUGGCCUCAAGGUUGAGGGGCAGCCGUGCGUCUGGUGUGGCGGAACGGCCUGCCAUGAGAAGGGGACCAUGUGCGAGCCGUACGAGUAUGCGAUGCAGGGAGACGGUCAUGCCUUCGACGCAUCAGCUGCAAAGAGCACUUUCUUCACUGCUGCUUGCGAGGAUGGCAAGCCUGUGGAACACAGGGUCUCGUCUGCCCUGGUGGAAGCCGGCUUGCCGCUUCAGGUGGACUGCGGAGUUCCGAACCCGACUUGGGACAAGGUCCAGGUGGCGAAGGAGGCGAGCACGGGGCAGCGGAUGAGCACCAGCACAAUCCUCGUGUUCGGGUUCGAGCUCUCUGCCAGGCAACCUCACUUGUGCUGGGGCAUGGUCGGCACACCCGUACAGCGCUGCUCCUGGAUUCAGAACCGGGGCAUGUCCACCAAAACCUGCGCUGCAGAGUUUGCGGAUGAAGAGUGGCCAGUGUGCCAGUGCAGCCCUCCAGCUGCCACGGUGGCUGCCUCGUCGGCGGCCUUCGACUUGCCGCGCCCGGCAGAGGCUGAGCUCACCUGCCUGUACACAGCGGAGCAGGGCUGCAGUGCUCUGGACAACGAGCUGGACUGCCUCGGUAACAAGGACGGCAGCUCCGUGACCGACAUCAAGGGCCUGAAGGUUCAGGGAGCCUUGCACGGACUACAGCGCUUCGAAAUGCGUUCCCUACGACUUCUUGGCCCGGGGCCAGGGCCUGGCAGCUGCCCCAGUGAAGUGCAGAAGCAGGAGCUCAAGACUUUCAAGAGUGACUGCAAAUGUCCCGCCGCCGAGGCAGCUCCUAUCGCGGCUGAGGUUGCCAAGUGCAAGACUCAUCACCGCCCCUUCGGCGACACCAAGUGCCUGAAGCGGGUGACGGAGGGAUGCAACACGAUCCAGGAGCAGAAAGCAUGCCUGGCCAGCUACGAUGGCCGGCCAUACACGCAGAUCCGAGGCUUCAAGGUUGAGGGCCAGCCGUGCAUUUGGUGUGGUGGCGUGCCUUGCACCAGUGGCGGCAACCUCUGCGAGCCGUAUGAGUUCGGGAAGUACAGCGCGGAGAGUGCCGUCUGGUACACUGCUACCUGCGAGAAUGGUGAGCCGGUCGAGCAUGAGAUUCCAAGCAAUUUCGCCAACUAUGGACAAACGAUUCAUGUGAACUGCGGAACGCCAGAGCCUGUGUGGUUCAAAGUUGGCAAAGAAUGUGGCUUCUGCAAAGUGCAAGUUGCCGCCAUGGCCGCGGCCUCGCUUGGCGCACUCGGCGUGGCCUCGCUUCGCACUGCCUCGACGGCGAUGGCUUGCUCUGACACAUUCCCUGCUGACACUGCCCCAAUCUGCGAAUGCAAUCCGGCCUUCGGCAAGGCGGUGACUGUUCAGCCAAGACCAUCGGAGGCCAACAUGAAGUGCCUGAGAACUGAGGGUCUUGGAUGCUCCGCCGUCUCCGACAGGCUGAAUUGCUUGAGCAGCAAGGAUGCCAGCGACAAGGUUGCUGUGGCUGGCCUCAAGAUCCAGGGGGAGCCGUGCGUGUGGUGCGCCGACGGGCCCUGCACUAGCAACUCUGCCUCUCAAUGCGCCCCCUACGACUGGUUCGUGCGAGGUGAGGGUGUGGCCUUUACCACAAACCUGGCCACUGCCAACUUCAUUGUGGCUGAUUGCAAGGCGGACUCGGAUGCUGCGAUGGACCAUUCCAACGUUCAGUGUUUGGCCAAACAUACCAGCGGAUGCAACAGCAUCCAGGAUGAGCAGACGUGCCUCAGCAGCCUGGAUGGUCGACCGUACGAGUUCGUUGCUGGCUACAAGGCAGCUGGACAGCCUUGUGUGUGGUGUGGUGGUGGGGCAUGCACCUCGCAGAACGACAACAAAUGCGAGCCUUACGAUUACGUCGUCAAUGGUGCAGGACAUGCCUUCCAGACAUUCCAUGCCACGGGGCUGUGGAAGAUGGCAGCUUGCGAGGGCGGUCGCGUGGUCGCGCAUGCUCUUCCAAGCUCCUUCACUCACGGCACCAACCUGCAGGUGCAAUGUGGCUAUGGGCCGUUGGCCGUGUGGACUCACACCAGUCGAACCUGUGGCGAGUGCCAAGUGAACGUGCCGCAAAUGAAGGACAACUUUGCGACGUGCCAGCACUACUGCGAGCGCCAGCCUGGUGCUCCCAAGUGCUUGGGUGCUGCCAUCGCUCAUCAUCCCAACUCCUGCGACGUCCAUACCCCGGCGGCCUGCGACUACGAGUUCAAGAAGGACGAGGACGGCAUUUGCAAGUGCAGUGUGGUAAAGCCACCCCACGAGCGGGUCCAGGAGCUGUAUGCGCAGUGUGGCGGCAAGAACUGGAAGGGUUACAUGCAAUGCCAGGUUGGUGCUAUCUGCAAUGUUGUGAAUGACUGGUACUCGCAAUGCCAGCCAUCUUUGAGUGCCAAGCCGGGGGUGAAAAUCAAUCCAUUCGGGGCCGAUUCCGAGACCGCGCUUGGUGUGGACGAAGAGGAAGUGGCGGCUUCAAUGGCUGCCGGAGCAGGUGCAGCCAUUGAGACGCCCAAGGCAGGUCCAACCGUGGUGGUGGCACCGACGCCCAAGGCAGGUCCAAGCGUGGUGGUGUCACCGGUUGUGGCACCGGUUGUGGCGGUACCCCCGGUUGUGGCGCCACCGAAACCCAAGGCGGUUGUGGCGCCACCGGCGCCCAAGGCAGCAGUGCUAACGACCCCGUCGCCUCUGCCUAUGUUGGCAGCGGAUGCAGGAGUCGUACUCACAACUGCAGCGCUGCCAGAGGUAACGACACCCAAACCAGUGGCUUUGCCGGAACUGACGACUCCCGAAUCACCCAAGCCAGUGGCUUUGCCAGAGUUGACUACGCCCGAGCCUCCCACACCGGUCAGUGUUGCAACACCGGAGACAUCAAUGAUCCCUGCAGUCGCAGCUGCGGAGCAAGCAAAAGCGGGCUACAUCGCCGUCACUCCUGGUCCAUCUGAGUCUGCUGCGCCGACCGUGGCUCCUGCCGCCACCGUGGCUCCCGCUACCGUGGCUCCUGCCGCCACCGUGGCUCCUGCCGCCACCGUGGCUCCUGCCGCCACCGUGGCUCCUGCCGCCACCGUGGCUCCUGCCACCGUGGCUCCUGUGGCUGCAGUAUCUGCGACCACGGUGGCUCCUUUGCCUCCUUUGGCUACUGUGGCCCCUUUGGCUCCAGUUGCCAUCCGUGCCAAGGACGCCACUGACCAGUCAUCAGCCAUUGCUGAGACCACGGACACCGGGGCAAGCACAACAAAGAUGCCAUACUCUGUUCAGGCAGGGCUCAAUGCUGCGGCAUUGAAAAGAGACGACCACGGCACCGUGGCGGAGCAGGCCGUGUCUGCCGCGGCGACUGCCGGCUCCUACGAGGUGGCCAACUAUGGCGCAACCCAAUUGGAGGCGCAGGAAAAGGCACUGCAGGCAGCCGAAAGCGUGUUCGAGGAUGUGGGAGGCCUUCCCGAAGCCCAGGCAACUGUGGAGGGCGAGAAGGCACUCAAGACCGCAUUGGAUAUGGUCGGCGGAAAGUUUGAAGGUCCCGAUCUCCUGCAGCGUCACGGCUUUGCGGACUGCUGGGAGCCUUGCGGCAAGAAGGCAGGCUACUGCUCCGAUUUCUGCGGAAGAGGAAACGCCUGCUGUCGGAAGACAGGUGAUAUCGUCGUCCCGACGGAGUGCAUGAAUGUUUUCAGCUUCUACACGCCGCACUACGAAUGCAUCAAGCCCACGGCCAUCUACAUGCCGACCCAAAUCAAGGCCAAGGAAAUUGCGGCCAACGGCACGAUGGAGGUCGUGGAGGGAACGGUCGUCGUGGAGGAUGCCUCGGCAGUGGCCCAGCCAGACGACAGCUUCAGCACCUGGCAGUGGGUGUUGAUUGCAGCAACCAUUCUGGCCCUGCUCUGCGCUGGCGUCGUCUGUUGGACUUUGUCGGAGGGCAACAAGCGGUCGGUCCCACUCAAAACCUCGCGUGGGGUGGAGGUCGCCUCUCCGACCUCCACUGGUGCAGACCUGGAGCUUCAGGCUCCUUUGACGGCUGGAGCAGCUCUGGGUGCGGUUGCCGCGCCCGUCGUCUCGGCUGCGCCAAUCGUCUCGCAGCAGUAUCGCUUCCUGCCUGGGGGUACCUCGCAAGGUUACCAGGCAGCUCCGAUGGAUGAUGGACUUGUAGCCGUGGCCCAACCAAUCACCACCGGCAUGAUCUCAACUCCAGUUCCUAUGGCUGGAGCUGUCUACUACCCCUCCACGCAAGUAGCCUAUGCCCCGCUUGCAGCGUCGGUCGCUACCGUCGCUACCUCGACUCCAGUGCCCAUGGAACCGAUGAUGGCGGCUGGAAGUUCUGCGGUCCAGGGACCACCAACACAAUGUCCUGCCUGUGGCAACAUUUACGCUAUCGACAGCGUGUUCUGCCGCAAGUGCGGAAUGAAGCGGCCAGAACACUGA